GAGGAAGGUAACGUACACAUUGCAAAAUCAAAAUCCCUAUUUUCACGCCACAAAAUUGACAUACAAGACACAAACUACAAGAAGUCUGCUGCAACUACGAUAAUUACAAUGGACAGGGGCAGUAGCAUGAGGGAAAAUUUGAAGAAGCUGGCUCUAUGGGACACUCGAACUUUCAGCCCCAUUAUCACACACGACGAGCUCGACGCCAUAAUGGCCACCAGGGGUUUCAUCUCUCACCCGCCGUACGCCUCCGCCACUGCCGCCCACUUGGCCUGGAAGGAGUACGUGUAUUAUGCCGAAGCUGUCAAGUCAAACUCCAAGUCGGAGGCACAGGCACAGGCGCUGCUAUCGCCCAGGCCCCGUUUGCCCUACCCCAGAAUCGACGGCCUCCAUAUCCACACUUACCGGGCGUUCAUCGACGCCGUUAACUUUUAUCUCGAGAUGGGCGACAUCUCUGAUCUCUUCCAUGUUAGGGGAAUGCCUCUCCAUCAUAUUAACGAUAGAAAUAGGAGAUGGGCUUUGAUGCAGGAAGACGAUGGAGGGGUUUUUAUUUACAGAGAAGGGACAUUGGAUCAAGCCACGGAAAACUUUUACAACUCCAAACAGCAAAAUAGCAAUGAAUCGAACUGGAUGGUGAUCAGAGAAAGGAGUAACCAUGCCUCUGUUGGCUGCCUUGUUCCUUUAAAAUUAGAUUCUUGAAAGAGGAAACGUCUGAAUUAACCAAAUUAAUUACCUCUUACAAAUACAUUAAUUAGCUUAAUUGAGUUAUGAUUGGGUGCUCUCUGUGUCCCCCAUUUUGUUAUUAUGGAUAAUUAUAAAUAUAUAAUUAUAAUUCAUAGGGUUUA